AUGGGAUUUCUCAUGGCAUUGUUUGACAUUGUUCCACUCAUUAAAGUACUGAAGAGGAGUUGGGAUGAAAGUAGUUCCAUCAGUAGUGGCCUCAGUGAUGCCUCAGACAAUCUCAGUUCAGAAGAAUUCAAUGCUAGUUCUUCACUCAAUUCCCUACCUUCCACCCCCACGGCUUCCCGCAGGAACUCUGCCAUAGCGCUGCGCACAGAUUCUGAGAAACGGUCAUUGGCAGAGAGUGGGCUGAACUGGUAUGGUGAACCAGAGGAGAAGACCCAGAAGAAGAUGGAUUAUGACAGCGGGAGCCUGAAAAUAGAGCACAGUUCCUCCAAAUGGCGACGGGAACGUUCUGAAAGCUGUGAUGAAGCUCCUGCCAAAGGUGGGGAGCUGAAAAAGCCUGUUAGUUUGGGCCCACCAGGCUCCUUGAAGAAGGGCAAGACACCACCUGUGGCAGUGACCUCUCCCAUUACUCACACAGCCCAGACUCUUAAAGUGGCAGGUAAGCCUGAAGCAAAAGCAACAGACAAAAACAAACUGUUUGUGAAAAAUGCUGGCCUGCAGCGCUCAUCUUCUGAUGCUGGCCGAGAUCGGCUUUCAGAUGCCAAGAAGCCUCCCUCUGGGCUUACACGAACCACCACGGCUGGCUCCUUUGGUUACAACAAGAAACCCCCUCCUGCAACGGGUACUGCCACAGUGAUGCAAGCUGGUGGCUCAGCUACACUUGGCAAGAUCCAGAAGAACUCUAGUAUCCCUGUCAAACCUGUUAAUGGCAGGAAAACCAGCUUGGAUGUCUCCAAUGCAGGGGAGCCUGGAUUUAUGGCGCCAGGGGCCCGUACCAACAUCCAGUAUCGGAGCCUGCCACGCCCUGCCAAAUCUAGCUCCAUGAGUGUCACUGGUGGACGAAGUGGCCCACGUCCUGUCAGCAGCAACAUUGAUCCCAGCCUCCUCAGUGCCAAGGGGGGUAUUUCUGUUUCACGCCUCAAGGAACCCUCUAAAAUAGGGACAAGUCGGAGCACCCCAGGGCCAGUGAAUCAGACUGACAGGGAGAAGGAGAAGGCCAAAGCCAAAGCAGUGGCACUGGACUCUGACUCUGCCUCACUCAAGAGCAUUGGCUCCCCUGAAAGCACCCCAAAAGCUCCAAGUGACCACCAGACCCCCACAAAAGAGGCUGAGCUGCCGCCCACACCCCUCAGGUCAGCUGCCAAAAGCUAUGUAAAAGCCCCUUCUCUGGCAAACUUGGACAAGGUGAACUCUAAUAGUCUAGAUCUCCCUUCUUCAAAUGAUCUCCAUCAGAUGCAUAGUGGUAAACUGCAAGAGUCACACCCAGCUACUGUAAAUACCCAUCUCACAUCAUGCUUCACACCAAGCCCUGCUCCAGUCCUUAACAUUAAUUCUGCUAGCUUCUCCCAGGGCCUGGAGCUCAUGGGGGGAUACAGCAUCCCCAAGGAAACCCGCAUGUACUCCAAGCUUUCAGGAUUGCACAGGAGCAUGGAAUCCUUACAGAUGCCUAUGAACCUGCACAAUGCCUUCUCUGUAGGCAGCACAGCUGCACCUACCAUUGCCUCGACACCUCCUGUUGCUGCUGAGGAAGAGUCCAAUGAGAUGGCCUGGACUGGAAGCCCAAGAAUUACACAUCUGGAAAGCUCUAACCGUGACCGGAAUACGUUACCCAAGAAGGGACUGAGGUAUCAAAUCCAAACCCAAGAAGAGACCAAGGAGAGGCGACACUCACAUACAAUUGGAGGAAUGCAAGAAUCGGAUGAUGCCUCUGAACUGCCCUCUCCUCCUGCUCUCUCCAUACCACUGGCUGGGAAAACUCCACUCACCAAUAUUGUGAGUCCCACAGCAGCCAACACCCCAAGGAUCACCCGUUCUAACAGCAUUCCCACUCAGGACUCCACCUUCGAGCUCUACAACGCCUCCCCCAUGGGCAGCACCCUCUCCUUGGCAGACCGACCCAAGGGCAUGAUCCGCUCAGGCUCCUUCCGCGACCCUGUGGAUGAUGUUCAUGGAUCUGUGCUGUCCCUGGCUUCCAGUGCUUCCUCAACUUAUUCCUCAGCUGAGGAGAGGAUGCAGUCAGAGCAAAUCCGCAAACUGCGCCGUGAACUGGAGUCAUCCCAAGAGAAAGUAGCCACACUGACAUCCCAGCUCUCAGCCAAUGCUAAUUUAGUAGCAGCAUUCGAACAAAGUCUGGUAAACAUGACAUCCCGUCUGCGGCAGUUGGCUGACACUGCAGAAGAAAAGGACACUGAGUUGUUGGACUUGCGGGAAACUAUUGAUUUCUUGAAGAAGAAGAAUUCAGAAGCUCAGGCUGUUAUCCAAGGGGCCUUGAAUGGAACUGAUAUUACACCCAAAGAACUACGAAUCAAGAGGCAAAACUCAUCGGAUAGUAUAUCCAGCCUGAAUAGUAUCACCAGCCAUUCUAGCAUUGGUAGUGGCAAAGAUGCAGAUGCCAAGAAGAAGAAGAAGAAAAGCUGGGUAGGUCAAGAUAGAAGUGAAGCCAAGUAUAUGAGCCUACACAGACUUUUCCAGGCCAAUGAAGAAGAACCUGAGAAAAAGGAGGUUUCAGAAUUACGCUCAGAGCUAUGGGAAAAAGAAAUGAAACUGACUGACAUACGUUUGGAAGCCUUAAACUCUGCCCAUCAGCUGGAUCAGCUGCGUGAAACGAUGCACAAUAUGCAGUUGGAAGUAGAUCUAUUGAAAGCUGAAAAUGACCGGCUAAAGGUAGUACCUGGGCCAUCAUCUAUCCCAAGCCAUGUUUUGAGUUCAUCCGCUGCAUCCUCCCCAAGGCGCUCCUUAGGAUUACAGCUGAGCCACUCUUUCAGUCCCAGUUUAACUGAUACGGAACUGUCGCCAAUGGAUGGCAUCAGUGCUGGUACCCAGAAGGAUGAAAUGGUACUACGAAUAGUAGUGCGCAUGCCACCUCAGCACAUCAUCAAAGGAGACUUGAAGCAGCAGGAGUUUUAUUUGGGCAGUAGCAAAGUGAAUGGCAAAUUGGACUGGAAAAUGCUGGAUGAAGCUGUCUGUCAGGUUUUCAAGGAUUAUGUCACCAAGAUGGACCCUGGUCUGACUCUGGGACUCAGCACUGAGUCUGUCUAUGGCUACAGCAUCAACCAUGUUAAAAGAAUCUUGGACACGGAGCCACCAGAACUACCUCCUUCCCGCCGGGGUGUGACCAGCAUUGCUGUGACUUUGAAAGGUUUGAAAGAAAAAUGUGUGGACAGCCUGGUGUUUGAGACUCUUAUCCCCAAACCAAUGAUGCAGCACUACAUAAGCCUUCUACUUAAGCACCGGCGCCUUAUUCUCUCUGGACCAAGUGGAACUGGCAAGACCUACCUGACCAAUCGUCUGGCUGAAUAUCUGGUGGAACGUUCAGGCCGUGAGGUUACCGAAGGCAUCGUUAAUACUUUCAACAUGCACCAGCAAUCAUGCAAGGACUUACAGCUUUACCUCUCCAAUCUAGCCAAUCAGAUUGAUCGGGAAACAGGGAUUGAUGUUCCAUUAGUUAUUCUCUUAGAUGAUCUCAGUGAGCCUGGCUCCAUCAGUGAGCUUGUCAAUGGAGCACUUACCUGCAAGUAUCACAAAUGCCCUUACAUAAUUGGAACAACUAACCAGCCUGUUAAGAUGACUCCAAACCAUGGCCUCCACCUCAGUUUCAGGAUGCUGACUUUCUCCAAUAACGUGGAGCCAGCUAAUGGCUUCCUGGUGCGCUAUUUACGUCGGAAGCUGCUUGAAUCUGACAGUGAUGUCAAUGCCAACCGGGACGAGCUGUUACGUGUGUUGGACUGGGUGCCAAAGCUCUGGUAUCACCUCCAUACCUUCUUGGAGAAGCAUAGCACUUCUGACUUUCUCAUUGGUCCUUGUUUCUUCCUGUCAUGCCCAAUUGGUAUUGAGGAUUUCCGAACCUGGUUUAUUGAUCUAUGGAACAAUUCAAUUAUCCCCUACCUUCAGGAAGGAGCAAAGGAUGGGAUCAAGGUGCAUGGGCAGAAAGCUGCUUGGGAGGACCCUGUGGAGUGGGUGAGAGACACGUUGCCUUGGCCAUCAGCCCAGCAAGACCAAUCAAAAUUGUAUCAUCUUCCCCCACCCAGUGUGGGGCCCCACAGCAUAGUAUCUCCUCCAGAGGAACGGAGUGGCAAGGAUUCUACACCCAAUUCUCUGGAAUCAGAUCCCUUGAUGGCAAUGUUGCUGAAGCUCCAGGAAGCAGCCAACUACAUUGAGUCUCCUGACCGAGAAACCUUGGACCCCAAUGUGCAGUCUGCACUCUAAAAAUAACUGGAUUACAAUGGAAUGGAGACAAAUGAGCCAAUCUUGGUUGUCUUCGCUCCUAGGCCUUCUUUCUUUUUUCUCUGGAACCUGUGGUCUGGAUAAACACCACAGAGUGCCCAUCACUUCCUUUGGGAUCUGUGCAGGUGAACAGUGAAAGAGGAGACAGUUGGGUCUCCUUUGCAAGAUACUGCUCUCCCUCCACCUCCAAUAACUCUGGUGGUAAGAGAAUGGUGGGUUUUAUUCUUGGGCUUUCUGCCUCUGUCAUAAACUCCUGGUUUUACAGUAUAAUUGGGGAGCAUCAAGAAAUCCCACACAUCCAGUGUUCCCAACAUAAAUGUUCUUGUGUAAGGCAAGAGACUGGAGAUAGCCACACAGAGCUGGCUGCUGUAUUUCUGCAGGGGCAGUGCUAACAGACAGGGCAAUAGCCAAGUCUGUGGAACCCUAAAAUGAGGAUUUUUUUUUUAAUAAAAUAAAGAAAAGCAAACCCCAGAAAUCAUGAGAGUGGAAGCGUCAUUGCUGCUCUUGGAGCCGUUUCCUGCAGUUGCUGCCCUUCGACUUUCUUGCCACAAUCAACAUAGGCAAAGACCUAGUAAGACUGUUAACUCUUGUCUUUGUACCCUCCUUAUUUAAUCUGCAUG